AAAUAGUAUAGCCGCUCCGGUAAUACUUAAGUUUUUCUUAAUUUUUUUUUUAUUGAUUACGUUAUCAUAUCUUACGUGAAUUUGUGAAAGAAAGACCAGUCAUUGAUGUGGACCCUUACGUAAAAACCCCACACCAAUGCCUUGGACAUAUAGAUUGGUACCCCACAAGUUUUAUGGUAGUGGGCUCAUGCAGCAAUUGUAGAAUAGUAUUUAUUUCGCAUUCACCUAAGCAUGAAUUAUUGUUGUAGUUAUUCGUUUACUAUUUUAUGUUGACUUGAAAAUCUGCCUAUUUUGUCUUGUCCAUUCGAUCGGACAAUGUACUGUACAUGAGGAUUGCUUCCAACUUUUCAUAUAGAGGAUCUGGAUUGAGAAAUUUCUAUUUAUGAUCUUACAGAUGUGUGAUAUAUAAUACGAUCAAUGAGUGAUAAGUUUAUACUUUUAAAUAUACACAUGUUAUAACUUAAAUGGAUUAGUUAAGUAAAUAAGAUUGUUUGCCUCUUGAGUAGCCGCUCCCAACACUUGAAAUUGAUGACAUAUCUUUUGAUAACCGAAAGCUACAUAUUAUAUAGUUCCUGAUCAAAAAAAGAAGAAAAAAGAAAAAGAAAAGAAGCUCUAAAUGGAUUGAUGAUACUACGUAAUGGUAUAAUUUCGUUGAAUUAUACAAUAGGUGAAUUACAUUAUUUGAGUCAGUCAUCCCUUGUAGUAUAUGUUGACUUACAAAUUUGGCAACGAAAUCUACUUUCAAUUAGCAUAUCAUGAGGAUAUUGUUUCCAUGUAUAUACAUAUGUGCAUGCAUAGUCUUAAACUUAAUUGAUUAUAUAUGUGCAUGUAUAUAAGCAGAGAUAUUAUAUAUACAAGCAACUCCACACAUACAGAAUUACAGAUCAAACAAUGGCAUCCCCACAGGCUCCCCAUGUUGUUAUCUUCCCUUUCAUGGCUCAAGGCCACACUCUUCCAUUACUAGAUCUUUCCAAAGCUCUUUCCCACCGCAAGAUCAAAGUCACCAUCAUCACAACUCCAGCCAACGCAAAAUUAAUUUUCAAAGACACAGAAAACCACCCCAACAUCGGACUCGUUGAGAUCCCAUUUCCCAUCAUUCAUGGCUUGCCUCAAGGCACAGAAAACACCUCCCAACUUCCAUCCAUGGAGUUCUUAUUCCCAUUCCUCAUGGCCACCAAACAGCUCCAAAAACCCUUUGAACAAGUCCUCCAAGGCAUGAGCGUGUCCAAAUCACUUCCCAUCUGUGUCAUUUCAGAUUUCUUCUUGGGCUGGACUCUGUCUUCAUGCCAAGCUUUUGGGGUGCCUAGAUUGGUUUUUCAUGGCAUGUGUGUCUUGUCAAUGGCCAUAUGCAAAUCUGUGUGUGUGCACAUGCCACACACAAAAGCAAAGUCAGUUUUGGACCCAAUAGACUUGCCAGGCCUCGAGCUUCCCUUUGAUCUGAGUGUCUCUGAAUUACCAGCUCAGCUCAUUCAAGCAACUGAUCAAAACGACCCGUUUUUCCAGUUCAUGUCUGAUGUGGGGCAAGCUGACUGCCACAGCUGGGGGGUUGUGGUGAACAGCUUUGAGGAGCUUGAAAGCGGCACCGUUUCAUCAUUUGAAACUUUCUAUGAAAAUGGAGCUAGGGCUUGGUGCUUGGGGCCUCUUUUCUUGUAUGACAAAGUUGAAGGGAUCAACAAACCCAUCAGCCAGAACCAACCCAACAAGUUGAUCCAAUUUCUCAAUGAUCAAGUCACUCUGGGCUCUGUGCUCUACGUCUCGUUUGGAACACAAGCAGACUUGUCAGAUGCUCAACUUGAUCAAGUGGGUUUGGGCUUGGAGGAGGCUUUGGUUCCAUUUCUAUUAGUGGUGCGGUCAACCACUUGGUCUCCACCUGAUGGACUGGAAGAGAGGUUAGAAGGUAAAGGAUUGAUCGUAAGGGAAUGGGUGGACCAACAACAAAUAUUGUCACACCGAGCGAUCGGAGGGUUUUUUAGUCAUUGCGGGUGGAACUCGGUGAUUGAAAGUAUAUCUGCAGGUGUGCCCAUUUUGGCUUGGCCUAUGAUUGCCGAACAGUCCUUGAAUGCUAAGCUUGUUGCUGAAGGGCUUGGGGCUGGACUUGGGAUUAGAAAGACCCAUGAUGAUUUGGGUUCAGGGAUUGAGGUAUCAAGGCAGGCAAUUUGUGAAGGUGUGAGAGAGUUGAUGGAAGGAGAGAAAGGAAGGGAUGCAAGGGAGAGAGCACAAGCCUUGGGAAGAGUUGCUUGGCGUGCAGUUCAAGAAGGUGGCUCAUCCCAUGAAGCCCUAAACAAGCUUAUUGACCAACUUUGUGCAUUUUCUGGUCAAUAGGUGACCAAAUACCCAAAUAUGAGUCUCACUUGAAUUUGAAGUACAGAUUCUUGAUCAAACUUAUGUUGUAUACAAAUUAUUUUACUUUUGGAACCCCAAGUUGUAGUGAAAAUGAACUUGAUCAAUGAUCUAAUGGCAUGUUUACUAGUCUUUAAUCACUACUGGAAAAACAGCCAUUAACUACUGAUUAUUUAGAUACAAAGUCAUAUUAGUGUGUUUUGAAUAUUUUUUGGAAACUAAUAACACCAAAGUGCUUGUUGAAGAGCGGUGGUACACCAGAGUGCUUAUGCUUAAUGUACUUUUACUUAAAGUGAGUCUCUUAUCAGUCCCAAAAUGGAGAAAGCCAACUGCCAC